AUGGAGGACAAGCUGCACAAGGUUCUGUUGGGAGUGGAGAAAGCCCCUUCGGAUCCCGGACCUAGUGCUACGCCGGACCAGACUUCGGCAUACCAAUCUGCCCUGGAAGGAUACCAGGACAAUAACGGACAGAUCUUUAAAUGGCUGAUGCUCGCCACAUCUGAAACCGGGGGCUACCAGAGCGCGGCCUCGCAGACCGUGCAGGCAUACGCGCCUAUCGGGUCGUCCUACAACGGAGACGGUCGUGGAGCCUUCCUCGCCGUGGAAGUACCAGGCCGCUGGGAUACUGCGCACCACGACUUUGACCUGGCCAAUGUUAUUCAAGACAUGCGCCGGAUCUGCACGGAGCUCGCCGUGUAUAACGACACUGUGGCUGACCACCGAAAGACGUUCGCUUUCCUAAAAGCACUGCCGGACGACCACUACAAAGAGUUCAAGACAGGACUACUGUGCGACCAAGCUGCUGGGAGCGUCUUGUCCUUCGAGGAGGUCGCCGACCGAGCCACUUCGUUCCACGCGAUGCACAUUCGUGGUAAAAUUGCGUCGAAGAACGCGUCCGGCAGCAGCAGCCGUGCGCUGAAUACCGUCACACACGGCGAGCGCGUUCUUUCUGUAAGGGCGGCGGUCAUCAUCGUCGUGGACGCGCGCAGCGCGGUGGACGAGGACGUGGCAGCUGGAACAACUCGUCGAACCGUAACAACGGGUCCACGAGGGGGAACAACAGCAACGACCAGAACCAUGGCGGCGCGACUUCUGGCGACGGAGCUGGUGCGUCUUCCGACAACCGGUCCUCUGGACGGCCGAACCACACGCAGCAAAAACGCGGGCGAUCCCGAGCAGGUACCGUUUGCGCCUGCUGCAUCGACCCCUGAGGAGGCGUUCGAUGCAAAUGUCGGGCAGGGCGAGACGGGCGCGGCCAGGGACAGCGUGGCCGGAGCCGCCCCGCUGGUGCUCGCGGAGAGGGAAGGGGGGCUGGUGGGCGGGUGGGGGCUGGGGCUCGCGUCCAAGGAGGAGNAAACGGUGCGCGGACGGAGGUCGGGGGGCGCGGCUGUGGUGGGGGUCAGAAAGGGCGAGACGGGCGCGGCCAGGGACAGCGUGGCCGGAGCCGCCCCGCUGGUGCUCGCGGAGAGGGAAGGGGGGCUGGUGGGCGGGUGGGGGCCGGUGCUUGCGUUCAAGGAGGAGCGGGACGGCCGAGAGGGGCGGUGGUUCCCUUGGUUCAGCCGCCGCCCGCGCCGGCCCCUUUUUCCUCUCGAGGACGGCAACGAACCCCGACACCAAUCGUUGAUAUGUAGACUAGAUGCUUUACGGUUACCUUUUUUUUUAUUCGAGUGAAGGAUGAAUUAUUCGAGUGAGACAUACAGAAAAACGUCAGUUGAGUGUCGAGGUGCCGAUAUGCAUUCCAGGGUUGUGUUUCAACAGCUUUUGGGGGUAGUUUUCGAGCGUACCACGGGCGGGAGGGGGCAUGAAGAGUGUAGAGGUGUUUUCCGGAACCCCGGGGACGUUGGAAUGCUGUCCCCGGGCCUGAAGGGCUAUUGAUUUUUUUUGCUGCUUCGCGACUUGAGCUGAUCGUCUUGAAAGGACCUUUCGAUGGGGCGUUCGAGUGGUAGGAAACAGGUGCGGUUUUCUGCAAGAAGUCUCACCGCAGUGCCAAGCUGCUUUCUGCCUGGCCCAGUUUGCGUGCUUGAAUGUAUGUAGUCUAUGUAAAGCGGUCA